AUGAGCCCAAGACCAUCUCUAUCUAAGGACCGCAGCCCGGAACCUCCGUGGUCGGCGGGAGUUACGCCGACCUUCUUGCUGAAGCCCAGGAGCCCCGCGCGAGGGGGGAAGGAGCCCAAGAAGCGCAACGAGCGCGCGGGGAAGGAGCGCGCGGGGAAGGGCUUUAAGGGCGGCCCGCAGAACGCGCUGUUCGCGUUCCGCGGAGUGCGGCAGCGCAGCUGGGGGAAGUGGGUGGCGGAGAUCCGCGAGCCACGCAGCAAGCGCCGCCUGUGGCUGGGAUCGUUUCCGCGCGCAGCGGACGCGGCGAUGGCGUAUGACGUGGCAGCCAGACGACUAUACGGCUCUGGCGCGAAGCUCAACUUUCACCAGGCAGCAAAUGAGACUGGUGGUAGCGGCAAUGUCGCUUGCGGCAGCGGCGGCGGCGGCGCCGGUGACAAUGUUGCUGCUAGACUACUUCCUCCUCCUAUCCGUGGUUCCCUCGGCACCCCUCGGUCAUUCCCACCACCUUCCCGCUUCGCCUUCCCGCAGUCACACCUGAGAAUGCCGGCACAGAACCAGCGCCAACAGUUGAUGCAGACGCUGCAGCACCCACAGGUGUUAUCCAAGGUGCUACAGCCGCCACAGGCGCUACAGCAAGUGCAGGCGCCACAGCAACCGCAGCUGCUUUCACAUACGCUGCAACAGCCACAGGUGCUCUCCCAGGCGCUACAGCAGCAACUGCUGGCGCUACAGCACUCACAGGCGCUACAGCACUCACAGGCGCUACAGCACUCACAGGCGCUACAGCACUCACAGGCGCUACAGCAUUCACAGGCGCUACAGCAUUCACAGGCGCUACAGCAUUCACAGGCGCUACAGCACUCACAGGCGCUACAGCACUCACAGGCGCUACAGCACUCACAGGCGCUACAGCACCCGCGGGUUCUACAACAACCACAGGUGCGACGCCCGCCAGAGGUGUUUUCACAUAUGCUGCACCAGCCACAGGUGCUUUCCCACACGCUACAGCAUCCAGAGUUUCUAUCAGCACCACUACAACCGCUACAACCGCCACAGGAUUCGAUGCGCCUGCUACAGCCAUCCACUGAAAUGGCCGGACUCACGGAAAGCGGAGCUGGGCCACUCCAAGUUCUGCCCCACACUAUGCUGCUGGCACAGCCGCUACAGCCGCUACAGCCGCUACAGCUGCCACAGCUGCAGCCACGGCCGCUGGCACAGGUGAUACUACAGCCGCCUCAGACAUGGGCACAUGCGCUACAGCCGUCACAGCUGCUGACAGAACCGUUACAACAACCCCAAUCAAAGGCACAAUUGCUGCAACAAGCACCUGUUUUUUCAACGCAAGAAGCGCUACAACCGCGACAGCUGCCGGCACAGGUGCGACAGCCGUCACUGCCGGCUCACACGCUACAGCCGUCACUGCCGCCCCACAUGCUACAGCCGCCACAGGCGCUACAACAGCCACAACUGCCGGCACAGGCGCCAUCACUGCCCCUAGGGUUUCCAAUACCACCGGGCUAUCAGGACAUUCUGAUUGGCCAGGAGAUUGCACCUGUCUUGGGGAACCCAGAAAGGGAGGACACGACCAGGCGGCAAGGGAAGGCGGGCAUGCUGCUGGGUAGCUCCCAUACGGCCCAGCUUCAAGGUCAGUCAGACUUGUUGGGGCCUGGUGACCAGGGUGUGGUCAGGCCAGUCAGGCUAGAAGGCACAAGACAGCAGCAGCAGGAAGGGAUGGGGAUGCGGGAAGGUGCAGGCUGGCAGGAGAUGGUUGAAGGGCAUGAGGCGCUUUUGAAGGAGCAUGAGAUGAAGGUGAUGCAGGAGGUGCUGCGGCUGCGAGAAGCCUCGAGUCAUGAGACGAGUUUCCAGGCGGCUCAGAACAUGCAAGAAAGGGCAAGUCUGCAGGAGAUGCUAAGGGAGCGUGAGAUGAAGGUGAUACAAGAGGUGCUGCUGUUGCAGGAAACACGGCUGCUGUCCCUGCAGCCCCCUGCCUCGUUGUUCGAGGCGCCUCAUAAGCUCGCCUCUGCCUCUUCUCCAGUGCUGCCCCAAGGCAAGCCACAGUCGGGCGAGAUGGAUAGGCUCAGCUACCUCUUGCACAGCCACGGGCUCUUCAUCGGGUCGUCCUCGGCCAUUAACCGUGUUGGAGCUGUGCACGUGGCAGAGAAGCUCUCUCAACCACACCUCCCUGCGUCCCCCUCGCCCUCCUUUGCCCCAAUCAUCUGCUUCACAAACACGGGCUCUUCAUCAAAUCCUCCUCUGCCCUGA